AUGCCGACAGAUCACAAAAGAAUUAAUGGUCCAGAAGUAUCUGUAUCAUAUAAUAUUUAUCCUAAUUCUAAUACGGAAGAAAAAUAUACAAAAAGUAAUAUUUCUAUAAGGAAUGAUGGUCGUGCGCAUAACAAACGGAGGGAAAUAUUUUUAAAAACAGGAAUAGUUAGUCAAGCAAAAGGUUCUGCAUAUAUUGAAAUGGGUGAUACUAAAGUUGUAUGCUCUGUCUUUGAUCCCAGAGAAAUUCAUAAUAGGAAUGAAUACAGUUCGCACGGUGAAUUGUAUUGUGAAUUUAAGUUUGCACCAUUCUCUUGUAAUAAAAGAAAAAUACAUCAACAAGAUCCAGAGGAGAAAGAAUAUAGUCAGAUUCUUAAAAGGGCUUUAGAACCAGCAGUUUGUUUGCACGAAUUUCCUAACUUUCAAGUAGACGUUUAUACAACAGUUAUAGAUAACAAUGGUUCAUCCUUGGCAGCUGCUAUAACAGUGGCUAGUGUAGCACUAGCUAACGCAGGAGUUCCUAUGUUUGGUUUGGUUACCGCAACUUCUGUGGCUAUUUAUGACAAUAUACUGCUUCUUGAUCCAACGGAUAGCGAAGAGAUAUAUUGUAGUAAAAAUUCCUCAAUUUCUGGAAAUCAUGGCAUUAUAAUGCAAGCGUUUCUUCCUCAACUUGAACAAAUAUCAGAAUUUUUCUCAGUUGGAAAUUUAAAUAUGGAAAAUCUUACUAAUGCUAUAGAAGUUACAAAACAAGCUAAUAAAGAUAUAUAUCCGUUGUUACAACAAUGCCUCGCCAGAUCAAUUUUCAAAGUAGUCAAAGAAACGAACGAUUAUCCCCACUGA